CUCUCAGGCCUCAUCCAUCCCAUCCCAAUCCACCUGGCAAACGUAUAUCCGGCACCAAAAAAAAGGAGAGCCGGGGAAGGAGGGGGGCGCGACCGAACCUUCCGCUUGGACGCACCAUCGCACCGGGGUGUCUGUUGUAUUGACCUUUUUUCUUUUUUCUUUCUUUUUUUCCCCAUCUUUUUUUGUGUAUAUAGUUACAGAUAAAUGUGUUUGAUAUGUAUAUGUGUAUGCAUGUAUCUUUUGGAAGGGGGAGCUUUUUCGCCCGAUAAUGCCCGCCCACCCCUCCCUCCAGCUUUGUCUCCGUCUCCCGCCUAUGCAUCCGCAUCUGCUUCCUCCUCUCCUUGCGCCGUCCACAUUUCGGGGACCCCUCUGAUUUACGGCAGUGGUGCUGCUGUUGUUGUUGUUGUUGUUAGUAUCUGCCCGCCCAUCUACGAAUACAUGCCCGCGCGCCCCCGCCCGAGCGUCGGCGACACACGCCUGAUUGUUGACGACGGGACGAUGGAAACGAGAGCGAGGGAAAGCCUAGGGGAGGUCGGGGAGGGAGAGACAGAGAGAUACAGAGUGAUACAGAGGGAGAAUCAGACCAUGUCCCGUUUUCAAGCCCGCGCCUGGUGGUGGCUUCCCACCCCUUCCCCCCCGGCACCCCUCGCCCGCUUCCCCGGUGUAAGCGCUACUCGUCGUCCGUUGCAGCCGCAAUGGCCCUUGCCGCGGUCGUCGGCGUUGCGAAUUUUAAUAAAAAUAAAGGCAUCGCAUCAGCCGAUGGCAGGUCUUCGCCUGAGACGUGGUCUAGACCGUAACGCGGUUUGUACACACCCUCUCUAUAUCUGGUGCUGUCGAAGGGUCCCCCCCAUAGAGCUCACGGCCUCCCGGCCUUCCGGCCGCCCAUUCAUGCCUGGCUUACCCCGGUAGAGACAGGAGAGAUAACACACAGUAGUAGACGAAAACAGACGUCGAAAAGGCUCCUUCCCCGCCUUCCCCGGAAUGAGUGACUUAGCAGGAAACUCUGUUUUGCAAUCGCCGGAUGUCUGGGCAUCAUCCAAGGCUUUGAUCUGGGAACCCUCGUUUCGAAGCUACCCUCUCCAAUGACAGUCCCGUCUUUGUCGGUGCGGAUGUUUGGCAGCUAC